CCCAUGCUUGGCUGACCCCAGAAGCAAGCUUGGAUAUGAGCAUUAUUACAAUGCAGAAGAUGGAAGUGGAUAUUUGGCGUGGCGAAUUAAAACUCUGCAGAAAGAAGCAUCAGAGGGACGGAUGAAGCGCCCACGGCAACCACAAACAGGUGGGCCAACUGCUGACAGACAUCCCUACAAAGACGACUGCAGUUUGACUGAAGACCGUCAGUGUCAGGAAGCAAUAGCCCUGAUGAAGCAUACAGCUGAUGAGGCAGUGGUAAAGGAAAAGAUGAAGUUAACACUGGCCCAUCGCCAGAAACUGCUGCACGACCCUAAAGAGUCAACUGAUAUUCUAUCAAUUUUCCCGCGAUUCCUGGAUAUACCAGGCUUGAUUGAUCAAGAUUUUGGACUUCUGUUUGGUGAUGUGACCUCUGCAAAGUUGUUGGAGAAGUGGUCUACCAACAUAAAACCAAAGGUUAUUGCACAGAGCCGUGGCCUCACACAGACUAGUGAGCUCCAAGACCUCAUCCAAAAUGCUGAAGCCACUGAAGUUGAAGAAGGGUGGGACAGCGACAUGUCUUCCAUUCUGUUGCUGGUUCAC